GUAAACAUUAAAACUAAUCCCUUUGUUUUUGCAGAAUUUGCCUAAAGUAAAUUGAAAUUUUCUGAGUUUCAUAGGUAUUGCUGUCGAAUAGGUUAGGUUAUGAACGACCGAUGUUACUAAUGCGAGUCGAACUUUGCUUAUGAACAUUGAGACACUUGAGUGGGAUCAUUAUCUUUGCGAAAAAGUAUUCAAGAUUCCGGUAUCAAUUUUACCUAAAAUGCAAUCGUCAGCAUCACAAUUUGGUUUAAUCAAAUCUGGUUCUUUACAAGGGAUUCCUGUCACUGGUGUUAUUGGUGAUCAGCAUUCAGCUUUAGUGGGUCACCAAUGUCUCUCUCCUGGUCAGAUUAAAAGUACUUAUGGAACUGGAUGUUUCAUUUUACAAAAUUUAGGCUCACUUUCGGUGAAAAAAGUUCUGAGCGGAGUUUCAGCUGAAGCUAGAAAAUCACUAAUAUUAACGGUGGCCUACAAAAUUGAUGGAAAACCCGCUGUUUAUGCAUUGGAAGGCAGUAUUGCUGUGGUUGGGGCCUCAAUGGUUUGGCUUCGAGACAAUAUGGGUUUAAUUAACGAUUUCAAUGAAAUCCAAAGUUUGACAAAUUUAUUUUGUACCCGCUUUUCAAGGUCUAUUUGCACCUUACUGGGAUCUCAAUGCAAGUGGUUUGUUCAUUGGUCUCUCUCAAUUUACUCAAAAAUCUCGCUUGCUCCGAGCGAUGUUGGAAAGUGUCGCUUUCCAAACGACAGAUACAUGUAUUUUAGCUCUAAUGAAACCUCUGUGUUCAGGAUUAAAGGUUGA